GUUGGAUAAGGUUUGAGGAUUUACUCACGGAACUGGGAAUUAGCUGCCAACAUGCCGGCCAAACCUGCCCCGAUCAAGAAGGCAGCAAAGAAGGAACCAGCCAAGAAGGAGGAAAAGGCCCCUGAAGCGGUUCCCGCUCCGGAACCGGCUCCUGAGCCUGCUCCCGUCGAGGUCGCCCCCGCUGAGGCUGCUCCUGCCCCCGCCCCCGCGGAGGGUGAGGCACCUCCCGCGGAGGAAGCCCCGGCUGAAGGGGCUGCACCAGCCGAGGGUGCUCCAGCCGAGGGAGAAGCUGCUGCUGAGCCACCGGCCGAGGAGCCCAAACCCCCCACCCCUCCGCCCCCAGCCGAGCCUACAAGUGCCCCUGUGGACUUGUUUGUUGAAGAUAAGAAUGACACUUCUGUCACUAUCAUCUGGAGUCAGCCAGAGACUAUUGGAAACUCCGGUCUGGAUGGAUACGUUAUUGAAGUCUGCAAGGAGGGAUCUGAGGAGUGGAAAGCAGUCAAUGAGGAUCUUCAGAAAUCCUGCCGCUAUGUCAUCAAAAACCAGACCACUGGUGACCGUCUGAAGAUCCGUGUGGUGUCUGUAAACGCUGGAGGCCACAGCCCCCCUGUCACCCUGCCUGAGGCUGUCCUGGUGAAGGAGGUUGCAGACCGCCCCAAAGUCCGUUUGCCACGUUUCCUCAGGCAAAGAUAUGUUGCCCAUGUCGGAGACAAGAUCAACCUCACCAUCCCCUUCACCGGUAAACCUAAACCAGUAGUCCAUUGGACAAAGAAUGGUCAGCCACUUGAUACAAAGAGAGUCAAUAUCCGUAGCACUGACAGAGACAGCAUCCUGUUUAUCCGUGCAUCUGAGAGAGAGGACUCUGGAGUAUAUGAGAUGUGUGUGAAGGUAGAGGACUUUGAAGACAAGUCUUCUCUCACUCUUCAGAUUGUUGAGCUGCCAGGACCACCUGCCAGUGUAAAGAUUGUGGAUACCUGGGGUUUCAAUGUUGCCCUUGAAUGGACCGCGCCCAUUGAUAACGGAAACACAGACAUUACAGGUUACACAAUCCAGAAGGCUGACAAAAAGACAGGAGACUGGUUCACUGUGUUGGAGCAUUAUCACAGACUUAAUGCCACAAUCUCUGACCUCAUCAUGGGCAACACCUACAAAUUCAAAGUGUUUUCUGAGAACAAGUGUGGAAUCAGUGAAGAUGCUGCCAUCACAAAGGACGAAGCCAAGAUUUUGAAGACAGGUAUUGAUUAUAAGCCCCCUGAGUACAAGGAGCAUGACUUCUCCGAGCCUCCCAAAUUCACCACCUCUCUGAGUGACAGGGCCACCACUGUUGGCUACAGCACUAAGCUGCUCUGCUCUGUCAGGGGAAGUCCAAAGCCUAAGAUUGAAUGGCUGAAGAACCAGAUGAUUAUUGGCGAUGACCCCAAAUACAGGCAGAUCUGCGUCCAGGGUAUCUGCUCUCUGGAGAUUCGUAAGCCUGGUAACUUUGAUGGUGGUGUGUAUGCCUGCAGAGCCAAGAAUGAUCACGGAGAGGCAACGGUCACUUGCAAGCUGGAGGUCAAACAGCCAACGGUUCCAGAUGCGGAAAAGAAAUAAGUCAAUAUAUUGAUACAGUCCCAAACUAGGACAAGGAGAAAUGAGGCCUUUGCUGCAUAAGGAGGGUGCUGGCCUCCUGGAAGAACAUGUACAUAUGGCUGUUUAACACACUGUUGCCUGUGACUCCUUCAUGAUUGUGGUCCUAAUUUAUGAUGAUAAAUAAUUUUUCCCUGAUUAUGUAUUUACUCGUAUACACCCUCAUUCUGUAAUGAUGCAUUAUUAAGUCUGUAUCUGUGUCCACAAACAGCUAAUUUCCCAACUGGCUAUGGUUCCUUAUUGGUCAGAUUUCUGUACAUCUCAAUGGUAGUUUUACUGUAAGGGCUGUGAGGCUACCAAAGGAGAUCACCCCUCGUCAUAGGUGAACAAUGUGUAACAGCUAAGUGUUUAUACCAAUAAAUAUUUUCAUUUCUG